AUGGGUAAGGUCUGCGUCGUCCUCAUCAUAUUGACAUGUGCUACCGUGAAAAUAAUUAUGGGGACAAAAUGUUAUAAAUGUGUUUUUUAUGGGGCGGAUAAAAAUAAUCGUUUCCUUGAUAUAUUGUUCAAUUUUGAAGCUUCAGAAAUUUAUUACGGUUGCUCCGAUAGAAGAGUCUCUUAUGAUUGCACCACGAUCGAUUUUUACAAUGCUGAUUGUACGUGUAACUCUGACCUAUGCAACAGGAUAACACCUAAACCUCCAACCGCUGCGCCCGUUACUACAGCAACGACAACUGCAGCAACCACAUCGUCAACCGCAUUCAUAAGAGAAACCACUGCUGCUUCAUCUCACAUUGUAACAACAUCCACAGCUUCAUCGAAACCAACUGAAACUGUUUCUGUUUCGACAACACCUCUUACAUCCCCGGUUUCAUUGAAACUUACCGAGACUUCUUUCGUUUCAACAACAUCCACAACCUCCUCAUUUUUAUCCAAGCCAACAGAAAGUGCUGCUCCAACAUCCAAGUCCGCUGAACCAGUGUCAACGUCAUUCGUCAUCCUUCUUGUGGCUGUUAACGUUGCCAUCAUUGGUGGUGCCACUCUCAUUGUAGCUUGUGUUCUGAAGAAGAACAAACGAGCUCAACUUGACUCCAAAUAA